UCCAGUCUUCGUUAAACAAGACGAAAUAUUGAAUUUUUGAGCAGACAUUAAUAGCGAAGAACGACACCAGGGUCUUAGUCUACUACAUUGAGGAAAGCUAAAGUUCAGUUAUUAUUUUGGAGGAGAACGGAGACAUAGUGGUAAAAAAACGAGUCGCAAGCGCCAAAGAAAACAAAUUUUUGUUAGUGCACAAACACAAACGGCUACAAAUCGUUUAUGCUGCAAGACCUGAAGUUAAAAGAUUUAAACCUCGAUCGCUGGAAAUAUUAGGAAAAAAGCAAUUUCAAUAGUAAACGAUUGAUGGUUUAUCAGAAAACGAUUGUACACCAUGAAGAUACUGAUUUGAUUUUGCAUUUCGUUUGAUCGUAUAUUUUAUUUGUGAAGAUGGCAAAGCAACAAAAACAAGUGACAUUUGCAGAAGAAUUAGUCACUGAUUUGACUUCAAGAAUCGAUUCUCACCUGUUGUGUCCAAGUUGCAAGAAGCGUUUCGUGUCGCCAUUACUUCUACCAUGUCUUCAUUCCAUCUGCAAAUCUUGUUUAGAUGAUGAAAGGGUUCUUCCCAAAAACGGAAAGACGGCUCGCUGUCCAACAUGUUUGGAGCCACUUGAUCUACAAAGAGAUUUUCCGGUGAAUUUUGUACUGAAUAAUUUAGCUAAUGAGGCUGCUUUAGAGACAGGUAGCCCGCAAAACUUUGUACGAUGCGACAGCUGUGACUCCAAGGAUGAAAGAGUCACUAUGYAUUGUGACGACUGCUAUUUAUUUCUUUGUAACUUCUGCGCUAUUGCGCAUCGUCGAAUGAGUGCCACGAGAGCGCAUCACAUCACCUCGGUUCAAGAAAUGCGAACCAAAUCGAAUAAUUCUUCUUACGUUGUCCCUAGACCUUGCUUCUGUGCAAUACACUUUAAGAAACAAAUUCUCUACUUCUGUAAGACUUGUCAGGUAGCUGUGUGUCGUGAAUGCGUCCUUGCUGGGCAUCGAGAACACAAACUACAGCGACCAGAAGAAGCGUAUAAAGAACUCAAGCUUAAUAUCACAAACAUGACGGAUAAGAUCAAGAAAAAGCGCAAAAAAAUGCAGAAGUCCGUCUCUUCGUUACAAGAAGCUAUCACCAAGAUAGAAAAGCAUUCCAGUAAGAUUCGAAGUGCAAUCGAAGAGUACUUUGAAACACUUCUAAUGGCAGUACGUCAGCGCAUGAAAACACUCUUAGCAGAACUAAAAGAAAGAAUCCACGGACAACUAAACAAGCUUCAGGACCAGAAAUUAAAGCUAGAAGUCACUUUAAAAGUUGCGCAAAACUGCUGCGCGUUUACAGAGAGGGCGGUGUCACGUGGUACAGAUGUUGAGUUAAUCAGUGUAAGUCACGUGAUUGUAAAACGACUGGCGGAGUUUCAGAAAGAGGCAUGUCCUUCUCUUGUUAUUCCUUGUGAUCAAAACCUUUGCUUCGUAGCGGAUGGCGUCGAUGACUUGCUUGAAAUAGUCAGUUCUUUGGGUGGGCUAGAAGAUGCAUGUCUACCCACCGAUSCAGCACUAAGUACCGURACUGAGAGUGCGUUACAGGUAACGGUAGGACAAGUGUCACGCUUUAUGGUCACGGCGUUCAAUCAGAGAGGCUUUCGGCAGACUAAUGGUGGAGACGUAAUAUCUGCACAGCUUGAUUUUUCAAAUUCUUCCCAUUUGAAUGUCGAUAACCUGGGGUUUAAGUAUAAUGUACAUGAUAAUAAUGAUGGUCAAUAUACUAUCGCUUUUCUUAUCAACAAGCCAGGUGCAUACCACAUGCAUGUGUCAAUCAAUGGACACCCAGUACAAGGAAGCCCUUUGGGUGUCACUGUUACCCCGAGUGACUGGAUCGGUAGUGGGUGCAUCCUCAGUGGCGAGAACUAUGGUGGAUUCUCAAGUCCUCAUUGUGUAUUAACAGCCAAGAACAACGACAUUAUCGUUGCUGAUUCACAUCAUCAUCAGAUCAAAAUCCUUAGCUCUGAUGGCGCGCUCAUUAGAAAUAUUGGAACCCAAGGAACUCUUGAAAGACAUUUCAACUUCCCCUUCUGUGUCGCCUUGAAUACACGAAAGAAUCUACUCUUCGUUUCCGACAGCCACAACAAUAGAAUCCAGGUUCUCGACUACUCGGGAAACUUUCGUAACAGCUUCGGAAGCUCCGGAACCGACGAUGGCUUACUAAACCACCCUCAUGGUAUAGCUAUAGAUUCCGAUGACACGAUCUAUGUCGCUGACUCCGGGAACGGUCGAGUGCAAAUGUUUUCUCCGUUGGGGGACCUACUGGGGAAAUUGGAAUCCAAGUAUCUGAGUCGUCCAUGGGGCGUGGCUUUAACUCAAAAAGGACAAAUUGCGGUCACUGAUUACAAUUAUCAUAAAGUAUUUGUGUUCAACAAAGAUGGCUCUCUGAGCUACCAUUUUGGUUCCCGUGGGAGYGGUGAUGGGGAGCUGAAUAACCCAGCAGGUAUCGUCGUGGAUGGGGAGGGGCAGUUYAUCGUGGCGGAUCGCAGUAACCAUAGGGUGCAGAUCUUUCAGCCUGAUGGGACUUUUGUUACUCUGUUUGGAGGGAAGGGGACUGGUAACGGGCUAAUGAGAUUCCCUGCUGGGGUCGCUGUGGACGACRCUGGCCAUCUUUACGUAGCAGACACACUGAAUAACAGAAUACAGGUGUUUUCUCUGACUGCGGUGUGAAAAAGAACUGGUGAUAUAGCACAAGGGAGGGGUGGGUGGAGGUUCCA